UUGUUAUUGCCGGAGUACUCGAGGGAGUUCCAAUAUUCUAAUGAGAUGGACAAUCUCUCUUUUUAUACAAAUUUAUUUAUAAAAUAUAUUUUUGUUUAUAAAUUGUUUUGUUUUUUCUUUAAAAAGCCAAAAAUCACCCCGGAAUCUUUAUAAAUCCUAUCAAUGAGGAUCAGAUAUUCAGAUCACACCAACUCUUUCUGCCUUGUUUAUUUAUUCGAAAUCUUUGAUAUGCCCAAGCUCACUGCGUUGCUAUUGAUGCAAGCUUCCAGCUUCAACGGCGGAGGACACAUCUCUUCUCUUGCGCCUGCAUCUGCUUCUGCUUCCAUGGAUCGGACGUGCCAGUGGGUUUCGUCGCCGGAUGCCCCUCCCGAUCUUCUCAUCCGGAUCGCCCACGACGUGUUCCCUCUCCACAAGGCGGUGAUGGUGCCCAAGUGCGGCUACAUCCGCAAGGCCGUCGCGGCGGCGCGCGGUGGACCCACGGCCACCGUCGAGCUCGACCUCUCCGCGCUGCCCGGCGGCGUCGACUCUUUUGAGAAGGCCGCGCGUUACUGCUAUGGCGCCAGCUUCGAGAUUUCCGUGCGCAACGCGGCCGCGCUCCUCUGCGCCGCGGCCUUCCUCGACAUGCAGCCGGCGGAGGGUGGCCUGGAGCGUCGCGUGGAGGAGUUCUUGGCGAAGGUCGGGCUCCGCACGCUGCCCAGCGCCGUCGCCGUGCUGCGAUCCUGCGAGGGGCUCCUCCCGGCCGCCGAGGAGGUCGGCGUCGUGCAGCGCUCGGCUGAUGCUGUAGCGCUCAGGAUCGGCAACGAGGUGCUGUUCUCGACGAGGUCGCCGCCCGCGUGGUGGACGGCGGAGCUCGCGGCCCUCUCGCCGGCGUCGUUUCACAAGGUUAUCACGGCGCUGCGCUGCCGCCGAGCGGAGCCCGAGGUGCUUGUCGCCGCGGCGACCGCUUACGCUGAGCUUUUGCUGGCCGAAGUGAUCGCCGACGUCCAUGCUGCUGACUCCGGCGGCGUGCACCGCGCGCUUGUGGAGUCCGUGGUGGCCGUGCUCCCUUCCACAGACGACGCGCCCAUCCCGGCCGCGUUCCUCUGCCGCUUCCUCCACGUCGCCGUCACCAUCGGCUCAUCCGCCAAGACGUGCCGCGACCUGGAGCUCCGGGUCGCGGCGGUGCUCGACCAGGCCACCACGGGCGACCUGCUGACCCUCGCGCUCGACAGCGCCGGUGAGCGCGUCCAGAACGUCGACACCGUUCGCCGCAUCAUCGGCGCCUUCGUGGAGCGCGACGCGUCGUCGGGCGGCGGCGGGAACGGGCGGAGCAGGAGGGCGUCCCUGAGCGGAGCCGGAGCGCUGCAGGGCGGUAGCGCGAUGCAGACGGUGGCGAAGACCGUGGACGAGCUGGCGGCGGAGAUCGCGACGGAGGAGUCGCUGCCGAUCUCCAAGUUCGUCGGCCUCGCCGGCGCGGUGCCGAAGGAGGCGCGGGCGACGCACGACUGCCUGUACCGGGCGGUGGACAUCUAUCUGAAGGCGCACCCGGCGCUGGACGAGAUCGAGCGGGAGAAGGUGUGCAGCGUGAUGGACCCGCUGAAGCUGUCGUACCAGGGGCGCCUCCACGCGUCGCAGAACAAGCGCCUCCCGCUGCAGGCGGUGCUCAGCGCGCUCUACUACGACCAGCUCAAGCUCCGCAGCGGCAAUGGCGGCGGAGCCGGUGGAGACGAGAGCGGCGGGUGGGACUCGUAUGGUGGGAUGAUGAGGUCGGCGCGGAUGCAGGCGAAGGCGGAGGCGUCGCUGGCGAGGGAGAACGAGGAGCUGCGGUCGGAGCUGGCGCGGAUGCGGGCGUACAUGUCGGGCAUGGGCGUGCAGCAGAGCAAGGGGGGCGGGUCAUCGUCGAGGACGACGGCGUCGUCGGGGAAGAAGGGAACGACGAGCUUGUGGUUGCUGGGGUCGGUGUCGCGGACGUUGAGCCGGCUGAAUCCGUUCAAGGGCGGCAUCUGGGCCAAGGACACGUCGAGCAUCGGCGACAAGAAGAUGCAUUCGGUGAAGCCCAAGAGGAGGAGGUUCUCCCUUAGCUAGGCUACCUUACAUAUGAUCAGAUCAUGCUCGUACAUGUGUCAGUGACAGUGAGUGUAUAUUGAUUGGUUGGUUAAUUACUCGCAAGAAACAUUGCUGUUCUUGCGUAGUCUAAAUUGUAAUAUUGUGCCGGCAAAACGAUCAUAUGCUUGGUUA